AUGUUCCCGGCGGUCUCCUCUCCGCGGACCCCGGGGACCGGGACUCGAAGAGGCCCCCUGGGCGGAGUCGGGCUGGGCUCCACGCCCCGGGCGACCAGCAGGAAGGGUCUGACUCUGGGGUCUUCUGUCAGCUCCCCGGUGCUCUUCUCUCCCGCCGGCCGUCGGAGCUCCCUGAGCUCGCGAGGAACACCUACGCGAAUAUUCCCACACCACUCCAUAACUGAGUCUGUGAACUAUGAUGUGAAAACAUUUGGAUCUUCUCUCCCUGUUAAAGUCAUUGAAGCCUUAACAUUGACUGAAGUUGAUGAUCAGCUGACUGUUCACAUAGAUGAAGGUGGAUGGGCUUGUCUGGUCUGCAAAGAGAAACUCAUUAUUUGGAAGAUUGCUCUGUCACCUAUCACUAAGUUAUCUGUUUGCAAAGAACUUCAGCUGCCACCUAGUGACUUCCACUGGACUGCCAACUUGGUGGCGCUCUCUUACUCCACUACCUCCGGCGAAGCACAUUCCACGCAGGCUGUUGCUGUCAUGGCUGCCACCAGAGAAGGAUCUGUCCGCUACUGGCCAAGCCUUGCUGGCGAGGACACCUACACAGAGACACUCAUAGACCUGGGAGGCGAUAAGACCUGCAGUUUCCUAACAGCAGUACAGGGAGGAAGUUUUAUUUUAUCCUCAUCGGGGGGCCAACUAAUCCGCCUGAUACCUGAAAGUAUAGGAAAAAUUCAUCAGCAUAUCCUGCCUCAAGGACAAGGCGUGCUUUCAGGAAUUGGUCGGAAGGUUUCUUCUCUUUUGGGAAUUUUAUCUCCUAGUAGUGAUCUCAUUCUUUCAAGUGUCCUUUGGGAUAGAGAGAGAGCGAGCUUUUAUAGCCUGACAAGUUCAAACAUCAGUAAAUGGGAAUUAGAUGAUUCUUCAGAAAAACAAGCACAUAGCUGGGAUAUAAAUAGAGUCCUGAAGGAAAACAUUAUUGACGCUAUCUGGGGAUCUGAAAGUAACUAUGAAGCUAUUAAAGAAGGGGUCAACAUUCGGUAUUUGGAUUUGAAGCAAAACUGCGAUGGGCUCCUAAUUUUGGCAGCAGCAUGGCACCUGGCUGACAGCCCCUGCCUUGUCUAUUACUCUCUGAUAACAGUAGAAGAUAAUGGCUACCAAAUGUCAGAUUCAGUGACUGUGGAAGUCACUCAGUAUAACCCUCCUUUUCAGUCUGAAGACUUGACUAUAUGUCGGUUGAUGGUCCCAAACUUUUCAAACCAGACUGCCUGUCUAUAUACUGAAAGUGCUGUCUACAUGUGCUCCACAGGAACUGGGAAGUUUUCUCUUCCUCAGGAGAAAAUUGUUUUUAAUGCACAAGGAGACAGUAUUUUAGGAGCUGGUUCCUGUGGGGGUAUACCUAUCCUUUUUUCUAGAAACAGUGGAUUGGUGUCUAUUACUUCAAGGGAAAAUGUGUCCAUAUUAGCAGAAGAUCUUGAAGAUUCUCUAGCAUCUUCAGUUGCUGGACCAGGCAAUGAGAGUGUGGUUUUUGAUACUUCUACCAAGAAUGAAACUAUUGCCCAGGAAGAUAAAACCAAAUUGCUCAAAGCUGCUUUUCUGCAAUUCUGCAGGAAAGAUUUAGGUCAUGCCCAGAUGAUAGUUGAUGAGCUGUUUUGCUCUCACGCUGACUUGGACUCUGAUUGUGAGCUAGACAGAGCUGUCACCCAGAUCAGCGUGGACCUGCUGGACGACUACCCGGCUUCUGACCCGCGCUGGGCUGAGUCUGUGCCCGAGGAAGCACCUGGGUUCAGCAACACGUCCUUGAUUAUUCUCCAUCAGCUGGAAGACAAGAUGAAAGCCCACUCUUUCCUCAUGGACUUCAUCCACCAAGUCGGCCUCUUUAGACGCCUCGGCACUUUUCCAGUGAGAGGGACGCCGAUGGCCACACGGCUGCUGCUCUGUGAGCAUGCCGAGAAGCUGGCUGCUGCCAUCAUCCUCAAGAACCACCACUCAAGGCUUCCUGACCUCAUGAACACAGCGAUCCUGAUGGCUUUGAACAAGAGGGACUGUGACGUCCCGUCCAGCCUGACCCCCGCAGACGUCUUCUUCAGAGAGGUGUCCCAGGUAGAUACCAUCUGUGAGUGUUUACUGGAGCAUGAGGAACAAGUCUUGAAGGACACAUCCAUGGAAUCAGUUGAGUGGGCGGAAGUGGUGAUCAAUGUGAACAAUAUUCUCAAGGACAUGCUGCAAGCUGCUAGUCACUAUCGACAAAAUAGAAACUCCUUGUAUAAAAGAGAAGAGCCAGGGGAUAAAGAACCUGAGUAUGUUCCAUGGACAGCAACCAGCGGUCCUGCUGGCAUCCGAACAGCAAUAGUGCGCCAGCAUAGGACUGUCCUGAAGAUGGUUUAUCCUCAGGCAGACAGCAACCUCCGAAACGUUCUAACAGAGCAUUUAGUAGCACUGAUUGAUGGCUUCCUGGAUGGUUAUGUUUCUCAGCUCAAGUCUGUGGACAAAUCCAAUGAUCAAGAAAGAUAUAGCAAUCUGGAAAUGGAAUAUGUACAGAAAAGAUCAGAUCUCUUAUCUCCGCUUCUCACACUAGGCCAGUACCCAUGGGCUGCUUCAUUGGCAGAAAAAUACUGUGACUUUGAUAUCUUGGUACAAAUGUGUGAGCAGACUGACAACCAGACCAGACUGCAGCGCUACAUGACCCAGUUUGCUGAUCAGAAUUUUUCAGACUUUCUCUUUCGUUGGUAUCUGGAGAAAGGAAAGCGAGGCAAAUUAUUAUCUCAGCCCAUUUCUCAGCAUGGACAGUUGGCGAAUUUUUUACAAGCUCAUGAACAUCUCAGCUGGUUACACGAAAUUAACAGCCAAGAAUUAGAAAAGGCUCAUGCAACACUUCUGGGUUUGGCAAAUAGGGAAACUCGUUACUUUGCAAAGAAAAAAACCCUUCUUGGCUUGAGUAAAUUGGCGGCAUUAGCUUCAGACUUUUCAGAAGAUACACUGCAAGAAAAAAUUGAAGAAAUGGCUGAGCAAGAGCGCUUUCUGCUGCACCAGGAGACACUGCCUGAACAGCUGCUAGCCGAGAAACAGCUGAGUCUCAGUGCCAUGCCUGUGCUGACCGCAUCGCAACUCAUUGCCCUGUAUAUCUGUGAAGAAAACAGAAGAGCUAAUGAGUAUGAUUUCAAGAAGGCUUUGGACUUGCUGGAAUAUAUUGAUGAGGAGGAAGAUGUAAAUAUAAAUGAUCUAAAACUGGAAAUCCUUUGCAAAGCUCUUCAGAGAGAUAACUGGUCCAGUUCAGAUGGUAAAGAUGAUCCAAUUGAAGUAUCUAAAGACAGUAUAUUUGUGAAAAUCUUACAGAAACUUUUAAAAGAUGGCAUUCAGCUCAGUGAGUACCUCCCCGAGGUGAAGGAGCUGCUGCAGGCUGACCAGCUGGGAAGUUUGAAGUCCAGCCCUUACUUUGAGUUCGUUUUGAAAGCCAAUUAUGAAUACUAUGUCCAGGGACAAAUGUGA